GUGGUUAUACACCGACCGUAUAACAACUCAAAGCUACACCCGAGCAACAUUAAGCUGUAUAUUUAUAGUUUAUAUAGAGGCGAAGGAGCUGGCCCCUCCGCUCCCCGUCACCAUGCCUGCUCUGUUGGAGAGACCGAAACUGUCCAACGCCAUGGCCAGAGCCUUACACAAACACAUCAUGAGGGAAAGAGAGCGCAAGAGACAAGAGGAGGAAGAAGUGGACAAAAUGAUGGAGCAAAAGAUGAAAGAGGAAGAAGAAAGGAAAAGGACAAAAGAGAUGGAGGAAAGAAUGUCACUAGAGGAAACAAAAGAGCAGGUUCAGAAGAUGGGGGAGAAACUGCAGGGUUUGCAGGAGGAGAAACAUCAGCUCUUCCUGCAACUUAAAAAAGUGCUUCAUGAAGAGGAGAAGCGACGAAGAAAGGAGCAAAGUGAUAUCACAACACUGACUUCAGCCAGUUACCCAACCAGCAUACCUCUGCACUCAGGACAGCACCUGCUCACCCUGCAAGGCAGUCCUGUGAGUCACAGUAGGCCCGCUGGUCUGUUAGCAGAACGUGGUAAACAGUUAUUUCCGGCACCUGGUAUCCCUGGCCGUCACUUUCCUGGUCAACCUGCUUUCACUGCAGGCUCUACUGAGCAUGCUCAGUUUUCAGCCAGCCCUGCAGUUCAUGAGGCGUACACAGUCACGCAGACUCAGCACCCUUCCACCUACGGCCCAGCUGCAUCGGUCCCCAUCAGCUUCUCAGGAACGCAGAUCAGGGCGGGUGCUUCAGCUUUCCAGACCAUGUCCUACCUGCCCCAUCAGCCACAGAGUUAUGCUGUCCACAGCCACUUUGCUGCCCAGCCAGGAUUUCUCCCUAGUGCCGGUAUACCCCUUCAGAAGCAACUUGAACAUGCCAAUCAGCAGUCUGGCUUCACUGACUCGGGUGCCCUGAGGUCCAUGCAUGCCCAAGCUCUACAUGUAAGUGCUGCAGGACUGCUUCCUACACCUUCAUUGGCUGUUCAGAUUCCUACUGCAAAGGCCCCGUUUCAGAGCUCUCCACAGUCAGCUCCCCGUCACGCUUUCCUCUCCCACCCACAAGCUGGACAGAGAUUCUAUCACCAUAGCAAGUAACCAAAAGCAGAGUGCGGAAAACAUGUGGACAGUAACCAAAAUAAUCAUCAAGGGGUCGAAUAAAUGUUCAUAAUUCUGCAGAGGUCUGAUUUGGAUGGUCUCUAAGAUGUAAAUACACUUUUCAUGUAGAUAGUUUGUGGUGCUUUUUUUUUUUAAAAAAACCUUUUAUUUGAUGCAUUGCUCACUAGCAUGUUUUUGUUUAAUGGAUACAUCCGUUGUUAAGCAUCAAAUUUUUUGACAUUUUGUUUAAGUAGCUCUUGUUCAGACUGAAUAAAAUACAUUUUCUCUGA